CUGGCAAUGAAUGAUGUUAACGUGGAAUUAUCGCAUUUAUCAAACCGAAUCAUUUCGAUUUUGAUAUUCAUGGCUUCCGAUUUAUUGUUAGCAGCAGAUAACAAAGACGCCAUUUUCUUACCAACCUCGUGCAUACUCGAUUAUGAAUUUUGGAUCAAUUCUGUUCGUUUGUCUGGUCUCACAAUAUUAUUCACAGCACUACUAUUUACAGUCAUCGUUAUUUUCAACAACAAUUUUCACUCUGCGUCUACGAGGAAUAACUUCAUCAUUAUUUUAACGUUGAUCAUUAUUAGUAUCGGUGUUGGAUUAUUGAGUCUAGCGGGUGAUUGGAUGGAUUGCGUUAUUGCUACUGGUGUUGCAUCUAUAAUUACUAUCCUCGCUAUUCUAUUGGGAUUAAACCUGAAAGAUUCUACACGAAAAUGGAUGACUCUGUUAUUUUCGCUUUGUUGUUUAUUGUUGGUGGCUGGAAUCGCUUUCUUUAUUACAAGCGUAAUUCUUUGCAAUCACAUUGCAUUUGCAGUGCUGUCGUUGAUUUGUUGGUGUAGUGAAAUGUUUAUUGUGAUUUCACUCACUUCAUAUUACUUGAUGGAACACUGCAAAUCGAAAAACUACUCUCCACUGUACAUGACUUUGGUAUCGGCAUUUGAAUUCAUAGUGCUGUUGAUGAUUUCACAAGUUCAUGUCAACUAUUUCUUCCGCUGUCAUCCACACAGCAAACCAUGUAACCACUGACAAUAAUGAUUGAUUAUUCUUCGUUACCUAAUAUCCCAAUAAAUUUAACCGUGUUUCAUUCUAUUCAUUAGUAUUAUUUUAUGAAUAU